GAUGCAGCUGCCACCAUGGCCCGAGAGGGAGCUGCCGCUGCUCUGUGGCCGCGGGGGCUGAGGGACGGGAAUCAGGCCCGGGGGUCGCGUCGCUGAGGGGACCGGGGGCGGCCGUCCCGCCGGUGCUCCGGCCUAGUACUCCGGGAGGGUCCUGGCCUCUGGGCGAGGGCCUCCCCUUCAUUGCCUCCCCUCGCCCCUCCACGUCGAUGGUGGUGAAUUUGGCGGCGCCAGGGAGCGCAAGGCACCAGGCUGCUUUCCUUGCACCUAGCUCCUCCUGGGGCGCGUCUCUGGCCCCUGCUCACGGACACCUGCGCCGCCGCCUCCUCUCGCCCGCUGAGCCCACCCCUGGCGGCGGGCGGGGGAGGGGCUCCCCCUGCAGGGGGCUGAGUCGAGCUGGGCGACGACGGGGACCGUAGGAGAGUAGGGGCUUUGGACUCUUUUGGAAUUUUCUGCUUCAGCAACAGAGAAUAAAAGCCAUGAUGUGAUGGAUAAGCCACACAAGUAAGAAACAUAGAUGUGGAGUACAGGCCUCCAAAAAAGAAUUGAGCUUGCUGAGGAUCUGUGCCAGAAGUUGGAAACAUCUGAGAUGUUAAGAGAUAUUAAAAUUGAAGCUCAGAAUGAUGUCACCAAGGUGGUGACAUAGUUCAUCCCUGACUUCAUUUCCCCACACAAGAAGAGCAACUAGCAUCUAUUCAAGAACAAGACCCCCCUGAGAGAAUCCUAGAACAUGGGGAUGGGGCUGAAGCACCCACCUGCACCUCAGAGACCAAGACAGACUGCAUUAGAAGGGGACUGGUAACAUCUGAACAUACCAAACCGAACAGACAUACUCUUGCACCAUCACUACCACUACAUUUUACCAUGAAGAAAUGCCACUAUACGUGGAUUCCAAACAGGCUAAAAAGAAAAAGAGCUGAUUAGAUCUCAGACCCACUGAACGGGAUGACGGCCACGGCUGCAGUGGAGACACCAAAAAUGAAGAAGAGUGCCUCCAAGGAAGAGAAGCAGCAGCCUAAACAAGACAGCACAGAGCACAGCAAUGCUGACCCUGAAGAGUGGAUGAGCUCUGAGAGUGACCCUGAACAGAUGAGCCUUAAGAGCGGUAGCAACAAUGACAACAGCUGCCAACCCGGGGAUGUUCAGUUAAAGAAAAAGGAAAUUCCUUCCAAGCCACACCGCCAGCUCUGUAGAUCACCCUGCCUAGAUCGUCCAAGCUUCUCCCAGAGCAGCAUUCUACAGGAUGGGAAAAUUGACUUGGAGAAGGAAUACCAAGCUAAGAUGGAUUUUGCUCUAAAGCUGGGCUAUGCAGAGGAACAGAUUCAGUCAGUGCUGAACAAGCUGGGCCCAGAAUCACUUAUUAAUGAUGUAUUGGCAGAACUUGUCAGGCUCGGGAACAAAAGUGAUUCGGAAGGGCAGGUCAACUUGAGUCUGUUAGUGCCUCGGGGGCCCAGCUCCAGAGAGAUUGCAAGCCCUGAACUGUCUCUUGAAGAUGAAAUAGACAACAGUGACAAUUUGAGGCCAGUUGUCAUUGAUGGAAGUAAUGUGGCAAUGAGCCAUGGGAAUAAAGAAGAGUUCUCCUGCAGAGGAAUACAACUUGCUGUGGAUUGGUUUCUAGAUAAAGGCCAUAAAGAUAUUACUGUAUUUGUGCCUGCAUGGAGAAAGGAGCAGUCCCGACCUGAUGCACCAAUUACAGAUCAAGAUAUCCUACGUAAACUGGAGAAGGAAAAGAUUCUUGUCUUCACACCAUCCCGAAGGGUCCAGGGCAGGAGAGUUGUCUGCUAUGAUGACCGGUUCAUAGUCAAAUUGGCUUUUGACUCCGACGGCAUCAUCGUAUCCAAUGAUAACUAUCGAGACCUUCAAGUUGAAAAGCCAGAAUGGAAGAAGUUUAUAGAAGAGCGAUUGCUGAUGUAUUCUUUUGUGAAUGACAAAUUUAUGCCUCCAGAUGAUCCCUUAGGACGCCAUGGCCCAAGCCUUGAAAAUUUCUUAAGAAAGAAACCUGUUGUUCCCGAGCACAAGAAGCAACCAUGCCCUUAUGGCAAAAAAUGCACCUACGGCCACAAGUGCAAAUACUACCAUCCGGAGCGGGCCAACCAACCCCAGCGUUCGGUGGCUGAUGAGCUCCGCAUCAGUGCCAAACUUUCCACAGUGAAAACCAUGAGCGAAGGUACCCUGGCCAAGUGUGGCACAGGGCUGUCUAAUGCCAAAGGUGAGAUAACCUCAGAAGUCAAGCGUGUGGCCCCCAAGCGCCAGUCAGAUCCCAGCAUCCGGUCUGUGGCUAUGGAGCCUGAGGAAUGGCUGUCUAUUGCCCGUAAGCCCGAGGCCAGCUCUGUCCCCUCACUUGUAACUGCCCUAAGUGUCCCCACAAUUUCACCUCCAAAAAGCCAUGCAGUGGGUGCACUCAACACCCGUUCGGCCAGCAGCCCAGUGCCAGGAUCCUCUCAUUUCCCCCACCAGAAGUCCUCAUUGGAGCACAUGGCCAGCAUGCAGUACCCCCCCAUCCUGGUUACCAACAGCCAUGGGACCCCUAUUAGCUAUGCUGAGCAAUAUCCAAAGUUUGAGUCCGUGGGGGACCAUGGCUACUAUUCAAUGCUAGGCGACUUCUCCAAACUGAACAUCAAUAGCGUGCAUAAUCGCGAGUACUACAUGGCUGAAGCAGACCGGGGGGUGUAUGCCAGGAAUCCCAACCUCUAUCCUGAGAGCCGUAUGAGCCAUACCAGGAGUGACAACUAUUCCUCUUACAACAACCUGUACAUGGCUGUAGCUGAUACCCACCCUGAAGGAAGCCUGAAGCUGCAUCACUCAGCAUCUCAGAACCGUCUUCAGCCUUUUCCUCAUGGUUACCAUGAAGCCUUAACGCGAGUACAGAGCUAUGGCCCAGAGGACUCUAAGCAAGCCACCCACAAGCAGUCUGUGCCCCACUUAGUUCUGCAUGCCCAGCACCCAGCAACUGGAGCACGCUCCAGCUGUCCUGGAGACUACCCCAUGCCUCCUAAUAUCCAUCCUGGGGCAACCCCCCAGCCAGGACGUGCCCUGGUGAUGACUCGGAUGGACAGCAUUUCUGACUCCCGCCUCUAUGAGAGCAACCCCAUGAGGCAAAGACGACCUCCUUUGUGCCGGGAACAACAUGCCAGCUGGGACCCACUGCCUUGUGCAACCGACUCCUAUGGCUACCACUCCUAUCCCUUGAGUAACAACCUCAUGCAACCAUGCUAUGAGCCAGUCAUGGUACGGAGUGUGCCUGAAAAGAUGGAGCAGCUUUGGAGGAAUCCUUGGGUUGGAAUGUGCAAUGAUUCCAGGGAGCAUAUGAUCCCAGAGCACCAGUAUCAGACCUACAAGAACCUCUGCAAUAUUUUCCCUUCCAACAUCGUCCUUGCAGUGAUGGAGAAGAAUCCCCACACAGCAGAUGCCCAACAACUGGCAGCCUUGAUUGUUUCUAAGCUUAGGGCUGCACGUUGACAUGACACAGGACCUAUUCCUUUAUACAAAUAUGAAUAUUAAUACUAAUAUGCACUAAUACUAUGGUAAUAGUGACUAAUAAUUUUGUGUUGCGCUUUACAAGUUACAGAGUGUUUAUGUCAUUGAAGCGCAUAACAACCCUGUGAGGUAAGUCUUACUAAUGUCUUGUUUUCUAGACAAGGAAAUUGAAGCUCAGUGAGAUUAAGUGACUUGCCAAGGUCAAACUGCUCACGAAUGACCUAGUCAGGACUCCCACCCAAGUCCUCUGACUCCAAGUCUCAUGCCCUUUUGCACUGCACCAUGCAAGUCAUGGAGGGCAAAACCCAGAGGGAGAGGCCUAAAUGCAAGAAACCCUAAAGGGUUCUGUUACGAACAUUGUCUUAGUCACACAUUUUAUAUAUAAAGUAUUGAUGAUAUAUCUAAUUUAGAGAGCAUCAAGAUCAGAUCAUAUGUUGAAUUAAACUUUUAGGAUUUUAAUAGGAAUAUUUAAAGCUAUUUAAAAGUAAAUGCAUACUUUAUUGCAUGGAUCUGACCAUUCAAUAUCUUUAUUAACCAACCUAUAAGGUCACAUCGAAGCUUCUAGAACUAUAUUUCAAACCUGUUGUUAGCAAUCAUAUUGCAUGUAUGACUGUAUGUAUUUAGUCUGAGAUGUGUGUGUAUCUCUGUAUAACCUUUUAUAUAGUGAUGAGAAGAUAGGCUCUACACAGUCCUUAGUCUACAGCUGUAUAGAUCACAAAUCUGACUUGAUGAUUUUAUGUCACAUGUCAUAGUUUCAACUAGUUUUGAAAGUGAAAUUACAUGCCAAUGUUUGAACAUUGCUUUCUUAGGCACCAGAGCAAAUUAGCUCGAGUUCCUUUGCACUUUUUACUUGUCAACAUUUAUUGACAGCUCUUAGCUUUUAAGUCUCUUCACCUCAGCAAAUUAGGGAUCAGAUUGCAGCCUUCUUCUGCAGAGUAGCUGAUGGAUAAGCUCAAGUUCCAAGCAUUGUGUGUGCUAGAUAAGCGCAGAAGAGUUUGACCAGGGCCAAGGGAUUUACUACCAGAGUCCACUUCCCUUAUCCCAGGGGAGAUGGCCAAACUCAUGCAGCAUUAAAUGAUGAACACAAAAGCUGGACUCACAGAGGAUCUAAUGGAUGCUCUUUGGACUUCUGAUCUAUGCAGUAUUCGACAUCACAAGAUGAAAAGUAAUGGAGGACAGUGUACAGCCAUGUAAUCCACUUUCUCCUGCUGUCCACUCUUUGGGCAAUAAGGUCGAUCAUUGGUGGAGUAGAAUUUCCUUAGAAAACAAAACCAGGGGAUUUUUCUAGAUGGAAAAAGGCAGCUUCCAAAAGGGAGUGCUACAUCUCUGCUAAUAGCUGGCUCAGUUACGCACUUCAAAUUCACACAGAGUGCACUUGUCCUUAGAUAAUUCUUAAAUGUGUUAAGAAGGCAAGACCUUGGGUUGAGUGGUACCAUUUGCGCAACUUGUAUCUUGCUCAGGGUGGGAACGUUUGUAGCUAAAUGCCUCUAGAAGAGGCACUUUUUGUUGUUGUUUUAUUAACUGCGCUAAAUGAACCCUCUUUUUGAAUCCAUUGUAUAGUUCAACAUUUUGAACCAUAUCAGCUCACUGUUUCUUGAGCUAGCACUUGCUAAUUUCUAUGGUCGUUUUUUCAUGAAAGUUGAGAAGGCCUGGUAUUGGCCUUUUGUUUCUUCAUGAGAAGGUGUGACACUGCCUAUAUAUUUCUUACUCUGAAACACUCCGAAUGUGAGGCUGUAGUCAGGGUUGUUUCUGGCGGUUCGAUAAUGGCUUGCAUGCUGCUUUCUGGCUCUCUGUCUCUGUCCUAGUUGACCAAAACUGCAUCACAAUCAUUGUUUCUCUUCAGUUAACCACAGCUUCACAUUCAUCUCUUACCCUCUGAUCUUUCCAUAUUAAGGUGUAAAAAUAUUUUCUGCCAGGUAGGUCCAUAGAGAGUGACAGUUGCCACUGAAGUGCUUGCUAUUUCACACAACUACCAUUUCAUACUUUCAACUUGUUGGACUUUCUAAACCUGUCCUAUGUCUAAAUCAGGGUAUUUGACAAUCUUAGAUGACUCUACUGCCUUUGUGACAGUUAGUUCAUCUUCCUACCCAAAUCAGCAAUGGUACCACAGUAUCCACUAGCUGCACAAUUUACAGGGAAGCACAAGAUUAAUCUUGUCAGCUGCAAGUCAUCUGGAGCAUGUUCAUGUUCAGUACUCAAAAAACUGUAAGCUUCUCCCAACACAGGAAAUCGUUUUUGGUUUUUUUUAAGGCAGAAUAUGUAUUAUUUCCUAAAAAAAUUAUCAUUCUUCUCUUCUCAUAAAAUGUGUAUGAACCAAAGCGGCUAGGAACAAUGCCUCAAAUAACCAGAAACGACCUUUUGUUGAUACAAAUUGUAUCUCUUUUUUUCCUGACUGUAUAGAAACAAAUGUACAAAACUCAUCCUAAACUAAGUUUGGUACUGACUUUUCACCAUGAUGUUUGUGGCACCGUGUGUCACAGGUAUGUAGCCCAGGGGUUGUGAGGGAGCUUUCAUUUCCAAAGGACAGUCGUAGUUUAUAGACAAAGACCGUUUUUCAAGGCCUCUUCAUUACUGUGCACAGCUAUUGUGUGUAGUUUCAAGCAUUAUAUUGCAAUAAGUUCCCUUUAGCUAUUCAAUUUAAUAUGUCCUUGCAAAAGGGACUUUGUGUAAAAAAUGUCAGUGGUAGUGAAUCACCUGAAGGAAUCUAUCUAUAAAUGGAGCUGUACAAUUAUGAAUGCAUAAAUCCAGCUUGAUUCUUAGUGAAGUUAUUCGACAAAUAUUUUCUUUUUAUUGAAGUCUGCACACUUCUUGACUUUUCCAUUUUGUCUUUAAUUAUAAAAUAGCAAAAGCAUUGGGACUCUCUUGGCUCCCUUGAUUAAAAAAAAUGAAAACAAAACAAAACAAAACAAAAAAACUCCUCAAGCUUCCUUCCUGAGGCUAAGUGUGUGUCCUUCCCAGAUUUUUACCUCCAAACACUCAGCAGGGUUUACUGCAGUGUUUUGUGUGGUUUUCAAGAAGCAGUAUAUUUUGCAAGAGGUGCUUUGCAAUUUUAAUUCUUUCACUGAGUUUCUGAACUCAUAGGAAGUCUGUGCCUGUUCAGGCCUUCGAUUUUGUAGAUUUCGUGAUUUUUUAAUUUAUUUUUGUGAUUUUGCUGUUGUUGUUAUGUUUUAUUUCAACCUGAAGAAGUGUGACUCUGGAGUGGCAUGGUCAAUCCAGGGAGACUUUUCAAAGGUAACAUACAGCCAUUGCACUCUCUCUUAAGGUGCAAGGUAUGGAAUAGAGAAAGAGAUGCCUUAUGGAAAUGGUCUACAAAACUUUUCUUCUAAGUAAAGACUAUAUAUAUAUAUAUAUAUAU